AUGGGUCAUUGGUUCGAAGGCCCUUUCCCGUUGGUUCCUACGCCAUUCGCUGCUCUUCCAGCAGGGGAGAAGCAAGAUGUCUGCAAUGAGACCGCAACAGAAAUGGCAUUGGCCCACAACGUCCUCAUCAGGGGCUUGAAUUCAAUUUACCAUCAGGCACAAUAUGUCAGAGCUGAGGACCAGCGAGACUUCGUUGGCUACGCUAAGAACUUUGUGACCGUCUUGACGGUCCACCACGACUGUGAAGAGGAGUCGUUUUUCUUAGCAGUCGAAAAGAUGACGGGCGAGGUUGGAGUCAUGGAGCGAAACGCGGAACAACACCAGGUGUUUCAUGGUGGCUUAGAUAGCCUGCAAAACUACCUCACGCUGGUGGCAAAUGGUGCAGAGGUGUACGAUGGCGACAUCAUUGUAAGGAUUAUUGACGGGUUCGGCACGCCUUUGUCAGAGCACCUCAGUGAGGAGGUACAGUCCCUCGUAGAACUCAAAAGGUUUGGUCCUGAGAGGAUGAAAGGUCUUGCAAAUGCAUUGAAAGCCGAAGGGCAGGCCAACUUGAAAAAGAUUGGCUUGCUAGGAGGCGUGGUCUAUGCAUUUCUCGGACACGAUGCGACGUGGGAGAAUGGUCUGUGGGCCGACUUUCCUCCUACGCCACCAGGAUUGAAGCCAUUGGUGAUGAAAGGGCUCUAUUAUUGGCACUCUGCAUGGUGGAAGUUCUCGCCAUGCGACCAGAACUUUAUGCCCAGAUCUAAGCCAUAUGCAAGUCCAGAAUAG